AUGCACCUACAACCUACAGUGGUCUCGGGACUUGGCGAGCCUGCGAAAUUCUGUCCCUCGAGGCUUCACAUUUCGGACAUGACAGGGAGCACACCGGCACUAGCCGUGUCAGGAGCCGCUGGCAUCUUACCUCGUGUAUAUACAGUGACACAUGACGACAUGACGGCUGACCUAUUUUUGACGAUUAGUUCAGCCGUUGACGUCAAACAGCUAGAUGGAUGGUCAUCGAAGCUCUUCCGCGACGAAGUCGUAGGGGAGUGGAAAGUACGACAAAAGGCCGAGGACGAAGUCCAUUAUUCCUUGCAUCUUCACUGUCAUGUUAGCGGGUCUCAUUCAUUCCUCGCGCCCCCUGUCAUCCGAAGCUGGAUAUUUGAAAGAGAAAUGCCAUUGGUUUUGGAGUCCAUCAUGUACGCUGAAAAGGCUUUGCUCGCUUCUCAUCCAGGUAAGCACUUCACUAGAUCGUGUGCUUCACCAUUAUGUUAA